AUGAUUGACCAAUAUAAACAUCAACAACUUCAAAUUGGACUCGUUUCCCCUCAACAAAUAAAGGCUUGGGCUAACAAAAACCUACCUAAUGGAGAAGUCGUUGGCGAAGUCACAAGGCCCUCUACUUUUCAUUAUAAAACCGAUAAACCAGAAAAAGAUGGAUUGUUUUGCGAAAGAAUCUUUGGACCCAUAAAAAGCGGGAUUUGCGCUUGUGGCAAUUCUCGAGCGAGCGGAGCUGAAAACGAAGACGAAAGAUUUUGCCAAAAAUGCGGGGUAGAAUUUGUGGAUUCUCGGAUACGAAGAUAUCAAAUGGGAUACAUCAAACUCGCAUGUCCCGUGACUCAUGUGUGGUAUUUGAAAGGUCUUCCUAGUUAUAUCGCGAAUCUUUUAGAUAAACCUCUUAAGAAGUUGGAGGGCCUAGUAUACGGCGAUUUCUCUUUUGCUAGGCCCAGCACUAAAAAACCCACUUUUUUACGAUUACGAGGUUUAUUCGAAGAGGAAAUUGCAUCCUGUAACCACAGCAUUUCUCCCUUUUUUUCUACCCCAGGCUUUGCAACAUUUCGAAAUCGGGAAAUUGCGACAGGAGCAGGUGCUAUUAGAGAACAAUUAGCAGAUUUGGAUUUGCGAAUUAUUAUAGAGAAUUCUUUGGUCGAAUGGAAGGAAUUAGAAGACGAGGGGUAUAGUGGAGAUGAGUGGGAAGAUAGAAAAAGACGAAUAAGAAAAGUUUUUUUGAUUAGACGCAUGCAAUUGGCGAAACAUUUUAUUCAAACAAAUGUAGAACCAGAAUGGAUGGUUUUGUGCUUAUUACCGGUUCUUCCUCCCGAAUUGAGACCUAUUGUUUAUAGGUCUGGAGAUAAAGUAGUGACUUCAGACAUUAAUGAACUUUAUAAGAGAGUUAUCCGUCGGAACAACAAUCUUGCCUAUCUAUUAAAAAGAAGUGAAUUAGCGCCAGCAGAUUUAGUAAUGUGCCAGGAAAAAUUGGUACAAGAAGCCGUGGAUACACUUCUUGAUAGUGGGUCCCGCGGGCAACCGACGAGGGAUGGUCACAAUAAAGUAUACAAAUCACUUUCAGAUGUAAUUGAAGGUAAAGAGGGAAGGUUUCGCGAGACUCUGCUUGGGAAACGGGUCGAUUACUCGGGGCGUUCUGUCAUUGUUGUGGGUCCUUCGCUUUCAUUACAUCAAUGUGGAUUACCUCUAGAGAUAGCAAUAAAGCUUUUUCAGCUAUUUGUAAUUCGCGAUUUAAUCACGAAACGCGCCACUUCUAAUGUAAGGAUUGCUAAAAGGAAAAUUUGGGAAAAAGAACCCAUUGUAUGGGAAAUACUUCAAGAAGUUAUGCGGGGACAUCCUGUACUGUUAAAUAGAGCACCUACCCUGCAUAGAUUAGGCAUACAGGCCUUUCAACCCACUUUAGUAGAGGGGCGUACUAUUUCUUUACACCCAUUAGUGUGUAAGGGUUUCAAUGCGGACUUUGAUGGAGAUCAAAUGGCUGUUCAUCUACCUUUAUCCUUGGAAGCUCAGGCAGAAGCCCGUUUACUUAUGUUUUCUCAUAUGAAUCUCUUAUCUCCCGCUAUUGGGGAUCCUAUUUGCGUACCAACCCAAGACAUGCUUAUCGGGCUUUAUGUAUUAACGAUUGGAAAGCGUCGAGGUAUUUGUGCAAAUAGAUAUAAUAGUUGCAGAAACUACCCAAAUCUAAAAGUAAAUUACAAUAAUAAUAAUAAUUCUAAAUAUAGGAAAGAUAAAGAACCCCAUUUUUCUAGUUCUUAUGAUGCACUGGGAGCUUAUAGACAAAAACUAAUCAGUUUAGAUAGUCCCUUGUGGCUACGAUGGAACCUGGAUCAACGCGUCAUUGGGUCAAGAGAAGUUCCGAUUGAAGUUCAAUAUGAAUCUUUGGGGACUUAUCAUGAGAUUUAUGCCCACUAUCUAAUAAUGGGAAAUAGAAAAAAAGAAAUUCGUUCGAUAUACAUUCGAACCACUCUUGGUCAUAUUUCUUUUUAUAGAGAAAUAGAGGAAGCCAUACAAGGAUUUAGUCAGGCCUAUUCAUACACUACCUAA